AUGAGUUACGAAAAGACUAAAGUAAAGGACGUUUAUAAAGGCAGCACCUUUGACAAGGCUGCAUACACUGCAUAUGAAGCAGUGAAGGCUGAACGAGAUGCCCUGAAGGAGUCAGAAGCUGUUUAUAAAAGAAAGGUUCUUGCUCUAGAAGAAGACGCUGAGAACCUUCUUAAAUCCUAUCAGGGGAUAUAUGCUGAAAAUAAAGUCCUCAGAAGCAAGGUAGAACAUGGACCCGAUGCAGCAAGAAUCAAAACAUUUAGAAGUGAAAUUCGACGAUUGGAGGAAAAGGUUACAGCACAGAGAAACGAUAAUAACAUGCUUAAGGAUGAAAUCGAGCGACUACAAAAACAACUGAAUUCCACGUCUGAAGAUAAAAAGCGAAUAGAUGAAGCUUUUAAAAUUGAAAGAGGUUUACACGUGGACAAAACUGGGUCGCUUGAAAGAGAAAAAAAUGAACUUGAAGAGAAAAUUGUAAAGCUCGAAAGGCAAAUACAAGAAUAUGAACACAGAAUCAAUAACUACGAAAAUGAAUCCGAUGGGUUGUUAAAUAGAUACAAGGAUCUCAAACGGGACAAUCUGAAAAUGGAAACAAAGUUCAAAAAACAGAAAGAUUUGAUUGACGAGGAAUUACGAGACACGAAAGAUACUUCAAAGGAAAUGGCAAAGGAAAUCAUUCAGUUAAAGACCAAACUUGCAAAGGUUCAGUCUGGAUAUACCUCUGUAAAACUUGAUUACGAAGCCGCAAACAAACAAAUCGAAUAUCAAAACAAAGAACUUGACGUUUUUAAAACUCAGUCGUCGGUUUUAAAAAGAAACGCCAGUCUGACAACACGGGAGUAUAAUACUAUGAAAGAAGAACUACGUACCGUUGAAGAAAUAUUGGACGACACUCGAAAGCUUGGGUUUGAAACUGUUUUUGAUGAAAGAAAAGAUCUCCGUCGUAAGGAGCGAAAACUUAUUCAGCGAAUCGAUGACUUAGAGUUGCAACGAGAGGAGCUGCUGAAAGAAAAUCAAGGACUGGAAGAAGAAGUGAACGAAUGUCGACGGCGUAUGGAAACGGCCAUCACUGAACAUCAGAAUCUUCAUUUUGCCAAUAACACGCUGAAGCGAAGAGUGGAAAUAUUGGAGAACGCAAACUUAGAAUUAGACAGAAAAAGCAGGUUUAUGUUUGACACAGGCAAAAAAGGCGUGGUUGUUACUAUGGGUGAUGAAAAUGCCAAAAUCGCCGAAAAGGAAAAGCAUUCACUGUUUGCAAAAGUCCGAUACCUCGAACAACAGAACCGUCGGCUUGUGAGAAAAAUACACGAGCUCGAAAACAAUGAUGACUUCGAAGAAAAUAUAACGGUGUAUUCUUUUAGAGCAAGCCGCAGCAAGAAAGAUAACAUUAUCCACGCUGAUAUGCCAGCACUAAGUGGGGCCGGCGUAAGAACUUCCUACCGAAAGAAAAUGAAGACUGCAAAGUCGUUCCCGUCUUCACAUUAAACUUUUUAUUCUCCUUGUCCUGCAGACAUUGUUAUUGUUCUUUAUUUUUGUAUACUUUAACUUUCGUAAAGUUUGUGACGAAUUGUUUUUUUAUGCGUGACAUGAAUUUUUAAUUGUUUCUAAGGUCAAUAUAUCCACGCACUUUGUUUUGUAUAUGGAUUUUGUGCCGUUAUAAAAACUGAUACAUGUACUGCACAAAUAUGUUAUGAGGUUAAAUUUGCUGAUAUGUUUGGAUUAUGCUUGUUUG